AAUAUGAAUUAUCCACAACCUUCCGCUUUACCACCAGGUUAUAAUGAGUACAAUGUUUACUACGAUGAACCAGAUAGUUAUUUACCACCAGGUUAUAAUGAAAAAUUUAAUUAUGGAAGAAAUCUUAAUGUGUUCAAAGCAUAUAAAAAACCUAUUGAAUCAGAAUACUAUAUUAUAAAAGGAUAUGAUGAUAUCAUUUCAUAUAAAAGAGAAAUAAAUGCAUUAAUUUCAUUGAAAGGGGCAAAGAAUAUUAUGCAAAUUGUAGAUUAUGAUUCACAUAAGAUUAUGGUUGUUAGUGAGUGUGCAUUAUAUGAUUUAGAAACUUUUUUUGAACAGCAGGCACAGACUCAAAAACAAGCAGAAAAGGUGCCAAUAAUAAAAGAUAUUGUAGCUGCAUUAUCUGAAUGUCAACAUAAAAAUAUAGUUCAUUUGGAUUUAUCACCAAAAAAUAUUAUGUAUUUUCAUGAUGAAAACUGGAAGUUAAUAGAUUUUGAUUCUGCAUGUAUAGCAGAUAAAACCUAUGUGUCAAAAACCACAACAAUAAAAUAUUGCAGUCCUGAAUUAAUACAAGCUGAGGAAGAUGGAAGAUGUAUAAAAGCACAAUUUUCCAUGGAUAUGUUUUCAUUUGGAUUAAUUUUAUAUUACAUUGAAAAUGGUUAUUGGAAUAUUGCUGAUCAAAAAUGUCCUGACAAAAAAAUACCAAUAACUACUACUGAGGAUCCUUAUGCUGUUUAUGUUAUUGAGAAUUUGUUGGAAAAAAAUGUUAAUAACAGGAAACAACAUAUUAUGAAAAGUUAUCAAAAAGCAACAUUCAAGGCGAUUUUAACCAUGCCCAAAAUAAAACCAUUAGAGAAGAAAGCAAGUAAAAUGCAAAUUGAAAAAGAGGCCAAAGAACUUAAUCCAGAUAUAAAAGAUGAUGAAUCAAAACAAACGAAUUUUGAUUCACAACAGGAACAAUCUGUAUUAAAUCUUACUGAAACAAUUCCACAAAUGAAUGAGAAAACACCUCAAUUUGUAAUGGUACCUGAACGUCGUGAGUUUAAAAAUCCAUUGACCUGGUACACAAAUCCAAUCAGAAUAUAUUUUGUAUGUGAACACAAUAAUAAUUGGCAUGUACCAGAACAAGAGGGCUAUGUAAUCAGAAAAAUUCCUGAAUUUAUAAAUGCUUCUGGAGAACGUGCUUUAGCAAGUUUUAUUAAAAGUAAACAAAAAUCUGAAAAUUUUGGAGGCUUAGUCCAAUGCAUAGAUAAAAAAAAUCGGAAUGUCAUAUGGUUAUGUGAUAAGCAUCGAAAUGAUAAUGAUUAUACACUUAAAGAUGAGCCACAAUCUCUAUGCUCUCCACAUCCAUCCGAUCAAAAUUCAACUCUUCCAACCCCUCAAACCUCUCAUGAAUUAAUACAUAACCCAACAUAUCCAUUUGACAGUUAUUAUGGUCAUGGAAAUGAUCAAAUAGAAGUGUCAUCUUCAUUACUACCUAUUUCUAAACCAAAUUCUGGAAAGUCAAUGGAUAUUUAUAGUCUUGUUCCAUUAAUAAUUUUGGUUAAUGAAAUCCUUUUAGAUGUUCUUAAUAAUGCAUUAUCAUCUGAAGGCAUUUAUUUUGGUACUGACAGAAUUAAAAAAGAGGCACUAAAUAUGCGUGAAAAUUUGAAGUAUCUUGAGCAAUUUUAUCAAAAUUGGCUUAACAGUCAACAAAAAAGGCUCUUAAAUACCAUACUAAGAAGGUAUAUUGUUGGUUAUGUCUAUUUUUUAACAGUGAUUUAUCGAUAUUGUUAUGCAACAAACAAAAGUUUGAGUCUAGCAUUUAAUUCUCUUGGUGUUUUACCAGUUGUUAAUAAAAUUAUUAAAGCAACUAAUGAAUUGAAUGAAUUUUACAACUUGUCAAUAAAAUGUUUGGAAAAUAAUGAUCAAAAGGGCAUUGAACAAAUUUUAAGCAAACUUGAUUCAAGUUCCAAGAUUUUAAAUAAAAUUUCUCAAUCUAAUAAACUCAUGAAGAUUACUGCUUUAAAAGAAUGGUAUAUAAUUCGUAGAACAUCUAUGAUUUUUGAUAUUGAUGGCAGAGAAAAUGAAUGUAAUGAAGAUAGGGAGAACAAGGAUGGAUAUAAGAAAGUCUUUAAUGAUAUUUUGGUGAUAAAAAAUAGAAUGUUAAAAGGAAGCAUUCUAGUUUUUGGAAAAGAAUUAAAUUCUAAAUGUUUCAAUGAAGAGCAUAAUAUAGAUUGCAUAGAGAAGGAAAUUUAUAUGUAUAGUGAACAACAUUUGAAUGACUCAGAUUUUAUUUUAAAAUUUCUAGGGUUCACUGUAGACAAAUUCAAACCAAUACUCCAUUAUGAAUUUGCUGAUUAUGGAGAUUUGUACAAGUAUUUAAAAAACAACCAAAGUUUGCCUGAAAAUGAAAAACUGACUUUGGAUGCCAAACUAAGUUUGUCUUUAGAUAUAUGUUUUGGGCUUGAAUUUUUACAUCAAACGCAUUCUGCAUUUGGACUUGAGAAUGUAGAUACAUUGAAUAAGCACACAAUUGUUAAACCAUGUCUACCAAAAAGUAUUGACAACCAAGUCAGGAAAAGAUGGCAUGAACCACAACGUUUAAAAAAUGAAAAGUAUAAUUGUACAUUCGAAUCAGAUUAUUAUAGUUUGGGAAUGUUGCUUUGGGAAAUAUUUAAUGCAACAGGAGCUUUGCCAUAUGAGAAAAUAGAAAUUGAGAAUUUAUAUGAACAUUUAAGAUCUAAAAAUGGGCUUGAAAGUUUGCCAAAUAAUUUACUAGAGCAGUUAUAUGAACAUUUGAAAAAUAUGAAAAAAAAUUGUCCAAAAAAUUUCCAUAAAUCUUUGAUAACUAAAAUAACUAACUUGUGGGCGUAUAAUAUUAGUGAACGGACAACUGUAACUGAUAUGGCUGCAACAUUAAGAAAAUUUAAUAAGAAAAGGAGAACAAUUUCCUCAUCAACACAAUGGGAAAUGGAGAAGGGGGAUUUACCAUCUUGGAUUGAGAAAUUUAAACUUCAAUAUGGGUUAGUUAUUGAUGAAAUAGGUGUAAAAAAAGGAACUAUUCAGCCCAUCCAACCAUUUAGUUAUUCAACAAAUCCAAAAAUUAAUAAAGUUAAUCCAGCUGAUUCUAUAAAAUCCAGCUUGACAACCACAAAUUCAUUAUUACAUUCUUAUCUUUUAAAAAGCGAUAUUAAAGUUGUUGAUGAUGAAAUGAUAAAGUUCUUUAACCAAGAAGUUCCUUUUAUUAAUUUGAAAGUAAAAGAUUCAUGGAAUUUAAAAUCUAAACAAAAUAUAGAGGAUUCAUGGGAUUUAGGAUUUAAAAAAACAACUCAUUACGAGAUUAGUAGUCAACAAAUUGAACUGACUUUUGAAAAUUUUGUACCAUCAAAUGAAUUAAUUAAAGCUGUAUGUGAGGCUUUAGAUACAGAAAAUCCUUAUCAUGAACUUGAAAUUAUAUUUAAUGAAUAUGGUCAUUUAUUAUGUAAAAAAAUUAUAUUAGGUGGAAAAUUAUCAAGAUCACAACAUUUGGAUUUAAAUGAAAGGAUAAUUGAAAAACCAAUAGAUCCAUUAAGCAUAAAUAACAAUGAACUUGAUGAAAUGUUAAAAGAAUGGGAUGAGAUUCAUAGGAUAAAUGGACACACAACAAAAAUAAAUUCAUUAAUUGGGUGGAUAAACAUAAUGUUUAAAAAAUCAGAAAUUUGGGAUGUAAUUUAUUAUGCUGACCUAAUUCCACUAUAUAAAAUUUUAGAAGAAUCAUUACAAAAAGAAAUUGAACUUCUUUUCAAAGAUCAAAUAUUAAUGAUGGAUUCAAUUAAAAUUAAAGAUAAAAAUAUAAAAUAUUAUAGGGUUGAUUUUAAAACUUCUUUGAAAAGUGAUAAAUAUCAAAUUUAUGGAACCAUUUUUAAUAAAGAUUCUGAAAAAUGUUCUAAUAUUAUCAUCAAAUUUAAACAUUUUGAUCAAUAUGGAUUUUCAAUAAUCAUUGAAAGGUUUGAUGAAAACCAAAAUGAUGUUCUUCAUAUUAUAUGGGCAAUGGUUGGUUCUCCUAUGGAAAUAGGAUUUUAUAGCAAAAACACCAGAAAUUUAGAAAUGAUGAAUAGUGAAAAGAGUUCUGGAACUGAUUUAGGCGAUAUCUUUAACAUGUCUUCAUUAAAUAAUAUCUUUAGUAGAGUUUUUGGAGAUUUGCCUGAUGAAGUAGAAUAUAAAGAUAGCAAAGAAACAAAGGAUGAACCAAACAAUGGAAUAAUUAAUGAAAACAAAGCAAUUAUUGAUAAGCCUAAGGAUAAUUGGGUAAAAUGGCUCAAUGAGGCAAUUCAGAAUGAACACAUUAAUUUUUAUAAAUAUAGUAAUUUUAAAAAUACUCAAAAAAUUGGUUCUGGUGGUUCUGGAAAGGUUUAUAAAGCAAUAUAUAACAAUAGUAGUACUUUUGCCUUGAAAUCCUAUAAAUGUGGUAUAACAAAUAUGAAGGAAGUUAUUAAUGAGUAUGCAGAUGGUGGAACACUAAGAAGCUACCUACAAGAAAAGUUGGAAUCGAUCAGUUGGGAUCUAAAACUGAAAUUUGCAUAUGAGAUUGCAUCAGCUGUUUCAUGUCUACAUGAAAACAAUAUUAUCCAUCGAGAUUUGCAUUCAAACAAUUUCUUGGUUCACCAAAAAACCAUAAAAUUGGCAGAUUUUGGACUUUCCCGUAAAAUACUUGAAUCUACAACUACUUCAGCAUUCCAAUUAGCAGGGGUGCUGCCUUAUAUUGACCCACAAUGUUUCAAACAUAAACAAGUAUAUAAACCAAACAAAAAAUCAGAUGUAUACAGUGUGGGUGUUUUAUUAUGGGAAUUGACUAGUGACCAUCCACCUUUUAGUAAUCUGGACCCACAUUAUCAAAAAUAUACUUUAAUAAUUGAUAUUUCUCAAGGAAUUCGUGAGGAAUCAAUUCCCAAUACACCUGAUGAAUAUGUUAAUUUAUACAAAGCAUGUUGGCAGGAUGACCCAAAAAGCAGGCCUGAUAUUCAACGUGUUGAAACAACACUUAUUGGAAUGAUUUCAGGCUCAAAUGUAGUUGAUAAAGAGGAAAAUGAUGAGCAACCAAAAAAUGAAGACAGUAGUUCUAUCAGUCAUCCCAGUACUAUUGAUUCCUUGCAAGAUUAUUUUGAUAAUAAAGUCAAAAACUUUUAG